AUGAUUCCCCCGGAUUUUUUCGAAGUCAACGGCGCGCGGAUCCCAGCGCGAGGACUCGGGACCUUUCAGCCCAAUCCUGAGCAGUAUGGUCCUAAGAGCGUCAAGCAAUCCGUUUUGACUGCCCUAAAGAUUGGCUAUCGGCACAUUGACACCUCGUUGCGGUAUGGGGAUGGCCAAGGAGAGAAGGAGGUUGGUGAAGCUGUGAGGGAGAGCGGCGUACCCCGGGAGGAGAUCUUCAUCGUCUCUAAGCUGGAGAACGUGUACCAUGCCCCAGAAGAUGUAGAGGUGAAUAUAGACAUCAGUCUCAAGAACCUCGGGUUAGACUACGUUGACCUUUUCAUUAUGCACUUCCCAUAUGCCUAUAAGCGGACUGAGAAUUACGGAUCGGUCAGAGACGAGAACGGACGGCCCUUAAUCGACGUUGAGCCAUCCCGGUCCUUUGAUAUCACCUGGCGAGCCAUGGAGAGGCUAGUGGAUAUUGGGAAGACAAAAUAUAUUGGCCUUUCCAACUUUUCCUCCCCAAAGAUCCUCAGGUUGCUCCAGUCCGCUCGAAUCAAGCCGAUCUGCAAUCAGAUCGAGUGCCACCCGCAUUUCCCGCAGAAGGGCCUCGUGAAACUGUGCCAGGAAAACAAUAUCCACGUCACUGCAUUUGGGCCUCUUGGGUGUGUACCCAUUCCGGCCUUGGUCGGACGACAAGGUCCCGGCCCACUCGAAGACAAGACCAUUGCCGAGCUGGCGAAAAAAUAUUCCCGGACGGCCGCCCAGAUCAUCCUCUGCUACCUGCUCUGUCGAGGAAUCUCCGUGAUUCCCAAGAGUAACAACCCCAAGAGACUUGCGGAGAAUUUCGACUCUCGUUUUGAUCUCGCACAAGAUGAUUUCGACGUCCUCGAUAACCUUGUUGGCGAAAAUGGAGAAAGGGGAGUUCGGAAUUUUAAUUCCUUGGAGUAUCUUGGGUUUGACAAUUACAACGAGGAAGUGGAAGAACCAUAG